AUGCAAUGGUUUCAAAAGAGGCGUGAGAAGGUGGGCGAGAAUAGAUUUGAGGCUUUGGUCAUUGAGGAUUUUGAUUGGGGCAAUGAGUGGGUGGACCCAUCACUAUCACAACCUCAAGGUGCUCGAGGUUGUCCUGAUGACAAUCAAGACAUUACAUGGGAGGAUGUUGAUGUGGCUAUUGGUGCAUCUUCAAACCUUCGAGGCCGCAAUCUGCAUAGGACGGCAACUACAGUUCGUAGGGGCCAGACAAUGCAACACUACGCACGCAAGAGACCUACUACAACACGACCUAUAGUUCCUGAAGAAGAUGAGGCAGAGGAGGGCUUGGAGCAAGAACAACACUCAAGUACGCCCAAUGCGGAGGGGGAGGAUUCAGACUACGUUGAGGAUGAUGAUGAUGUGAGCAAUGACGAUCAAGAGCCAACUCAUGUUGACCAAGAUGGUGAAGACAGCACCAAUGCCAAUGAGUUUGAUGAUGAUGACUUUUGA